AUGGGUUCGUGCCCACCCGCUCACCGGCGGAGUAUCUCGCCGCUAUCAAGGCGAACGACCAGGGCACAGACCGGUGGAACGCCUUCGUCGCCAUCAACCCGGACACUAACCAUCGCAGUCAAGGACAACAUCUGUACUUCUUUCCUCCCCACGACCUGCUCCUCCCGCGCCCUCUCUAGCUUCCAUCCGCCCUACGACGCCACCUGCGUGUCUCUCCUGCUCACACAUGGCGCACACAUAAUAGGCAAGACGAAUCUGGACGAGUUUGGCAUGGGGUCGUUUGGCGUGCAUUCCGUUCAUGGGCCAGUGCGGAACCCUAGGGAUAGGGAACGCGUACCAGGCGGUAGCAGCAGUGGGAGUGCCGCUGCUGUCGCAGGGGGUUUAUGCGACGUUGCUCUUGGGAGCGAUACAGGCGGAUCGAUUCGACUUCCCGCGUCAUACUCUCAAGUCUUGGGUCUUAAGCCGUCCUACGGUCUGAUCUCACGGUACGGCCUAAUCUCGUACGCCGACUCGCUGGACACGAUCGGCCUUCUCGCGCGCGACUUCUCAGCUCUGAGAGAGACAUUCGGGAUCAUAGCAAAGGAAGAUGAGAAAGACGCGACGUGCGCCCCAGCAGAAGUGAGGGCAGAGAUGCGUCAUCGCACCGAGGAGCGAGCUUACGGGCUAAGCGAGCUGAAGGCGGGAGCGAGUGGGCUUCGUAUCGGCAUCCCCGCAGAGUACUUCCCUGCCGAACUGGGGCCUUGCUCUAUCCAGCCCCUACGGCACGCACUCUCCGUCCUCCAUUCGCUCGGCGCUACCCUCGUACCUGUUAGCUUGCCAGCAACGAAGUAUGCCCUAAGUGCAUACUACGUCCUCGCCAGUGCGGAAGCGUCUUCCAACUUGGCGCGGUAUGAUGGUGUACGCUAUGGUUGGCGUGCGCCUCUAGAAGAGGGGGAGCGCGGGGACACCGCUGCGAGGUAUGCGAAGACCCGCAGUGCCGCUUUUGGGGAGGAAGUGCAGCGACGUCUCUUGCUGGGGACGUAUGCCCUUACAGCAGAUGCAUUCGACAACUACUACCUCCAAGCGCAGAAAGUGCGCCAAAUGGUGAAACACGAUUUGGACAGCAUAUUCCGUGCUCCGAACGUGCUCAACUUCCCGCCCAACGUCAACUCCUCCGAGCCCUCGCAGUGCAUCCCCCUCCGACCGGAACUCGACUCUGGCGUAGAUGUCAUCUUGCACCCCACGGCUAUCGGUCCUGCUCCGUUGUUGGAGGACGUGCGUGAAGGCCGGGGAAGCCCUUUGGAUGCGUAUGUGCAGGAUGUGCUGAGCGUACCUGCGAGCUUGGCUGGACUGCCGGCGCUGAACAUACCUGUCCCUGUGAACGCCGAUGUGAGAGCAGAGGGCGGAGAGGGUACGGAAGGAGGAGUAGGGGUGAGCGUCGUCGGCCAAUGGGGGUGGGACGAGAUGGUACUAAACGUGGGGGAGCUCAUCUACGAAGCUACCAGAAGAUGA